UUGAAAGCACCAUAAGUCUAGAGAAUGCCGACUUUGACCAAGUUUGAUGACAGAAUUUGCCCACGGCGGACUGCCACGCCACCUUCCUGUUCAAGUGAGCACAUCACAACAAGGUGAGUCCAAAAAUGCCUUGUAUGCUGCUGCAUAAAUUAUGUAAUAUGCCCGGGAGAUAUAUAUAUACUGUCUGUAGCUAAGAAAGCAAUACUAAGUGUAUGUUGUGUAGUAAGCUGUUAGUAGCUCAUGUGCAUCACCCUAAUAAUUUGGUCACAUAUAGCCUGUUUUAGAGAAAUGUAAUCAUUGAAUAGUGUAAGAGCUUUCAUUGUCUGCUUAUAUGCCCCUUUAUUUAUCCUAGGUUUUGAGUUGGUGUACAGGGAGAAUACUGUAAGAACUGCCCAUGUUCUGAAUUCUGUUGCUGUACAUUUCAAAUGUGCUGAACAACCUAGCUUGCUUAUUAAUGUCUUAAUUUAAAUGACGGAUUUCCUCUUAUCCGCUCGACAACAGCCAGCCAGGGUUUCAUUUAAUAAGCUAAAGGCAAUACUAUUUAUUGCACAUUUAGGCUUAAAACUUGUUGGGGAUAGGGGGCAGUAUUUUCACUUUGGAUGAAUUGCAACAAUGACACCCGCUGGACCCAGAAGUGUCAGUCGUCCCGGCCGCUGCACCGGACUAGCCUGUCUAAGGCCUCGGGCUUCUGGCACGCCACGGGCCGCCACUCCAGCCGGAGGCUACUGAGAGCCAUCCCCCGACACGUGGCCCAGAUACUGCAGGCUGAUGUCCUCUGGCAAAUGGGACACACCGGUUCGGGAGUGAAUGUGGCUGUUUUUGACACAGGACUCAUCGAAAAACAUCCACAUUUUAAAAAUGUGAAGGAGAGAUCCAACUGGACCAAUGAAAAGACACUUGAUGAUGCCCCCGUCUCUGACACUGAGAUAGAGGAAUGGGAUGUGUUCAGACCAUAUGGCACUCCAUAA